GCAUGAUGAUGAAUCACAAGACGAUAACUGCACACACGUUUCUUCAGGUUCCAACACCUUCCGAUCGUACCAAUCUGGAAGUGAGGGAACUUGGAGAAAAGCUACGACGAAUAGAAAGCAUGGAAUCAAGAGCACCAAACAAGGUGGAGAACCAUUUGCCACCGCAUGGCAUUGCGGCCGUAUGGCAAGGACAGAAGUCCGACCUAUCCAAACGAAGUGGGAGGCCUUCUAUCUCCAUACCUAGAGCCUGUCCGCCGCCGUCAGACAAAGGGUGCCUGCAUCUUCCCAACAGGUGGUCACUGAUUAACACGAAGACAGGAUACAUGUGCCCUGAAAUGCGUCGUGCCGGCAUUAAUCCUGAGUAGCACUUGGCGAAGGCCAGAUCUCAGGAAUACGGCAGGAAGAACGAUCGGCGCUCCAUGAGAGUUGAUAUAGAUGUACGACCAUCGCAUCAUUCUGGAAGCCUCGAUGUAGUUCCAGUUGAAGUAGACUCAACAGAAGAGAAUGAAGACGGUGCAAUAGAAGUGGGAGGUCGCCACAGCGUCUACGAACUUGCACUCAUUCACGCAACAUUCACGUUCUCCGAAGCUUUCCUCUCAUCACCACUGGCAUCAGCCAUGGACGUCGUCAAGACCGUCCAAAAUUGUAUCUUAACUUGGGACAAAGGAGGCUCGACGCAAUGUUUGUCCAUUGUAACGUCCCCUCAUUCAAAUCCUGCCGACUCCGAAGCCACCGACAUCUUAACAACGACAUAUCAAGCUCUGUUGACAUCGACGCUGAAGACUUGGCCUACCAAUGCGUCAUUGUCACUAGAUACUUUCGUCCAGUUCGUGCAGUCGGUGCUCGAACGCCUCCCCUCGUCCUCCGCCAAUAACCAAUCCUCUAAUGCAACUCUUUUCGGCGAGCUACUUGUGGACUUGAUAUGGUCUCUUGACGCAGAGUUGGAAGACGUACUCUCCGAUGCACGCCUCGCUGCAAAUGCGGAGCAGGGCCAAAGCCCCACUGUGGCGGAUGAUAAAGACGACAAGGCGGCCGCUGAGCAUGCGGCGCGAUUGGCGAAAAUAAUGAAAGCGAAGGAGAAUGCGGAGUCUGACAAGGAAACCUUGACGAUUAUCGUUAAGAAAUUGCUCUCGGUCGGCGUUCUGGAUUCUGACGUCUGUCGGGAGCGACUGGACACAACCUUGAUUGCCAAUGCUGGACUGAUUCCAGACAAGCUGACCUUUGAGAAGAAGGAAAUUCGCACUCGAACUGGUCUCUUCUACAAGCAGAACAAGUUCAACCUUUUGCGAGAGCAAUCGGAAGGGUUCAGCAAGUUGACUACCGAGAUAACUAGCAGUUUGGGCCCUCCCCACUCACCCGCCACAGGUCUACCGGUGGAGCCCGCGGCCGCUAUCGAUGCGCGCGCAGCUGCCGCUUGGGACCGAGUUUUGCGACUCAUUGGGUAUUUCGACCUUGAUCCCAAUCGAGCCCUGGACGUCAUGCUGGACGUUUUCUCAGUUCAUCUAGCAACUCAUUACCGAUUCUUCCUCUCUUUCCUCUUAUCCUCUCCGUGGUCGUCCCGCUCGACCAGGCAACCUUCGAAGGACAAGAUGGCUAUUGAGCCGGACCCCGAGCAGUACAGAGACAUGACUCUCGACGAGGUACUGCAACUUGCAGAAUUGCAGUCAGGGUACAUUGCCCCUUCAUCACCAUUCUCUCCAAAUGGAAGCAAUUCCAGAGUUUUAGCACAGGUGCUGGGCUUCAAGUUUACCUACUACCAGUCUCCGGAAGUUUUGGAACGCACGCCGAAGAACUUAUACUUAAUGGCUGGAUUGCUGAUACGGGAGGGGUUCAUAACACUUGAGGACCUGUAUUCGCAUAUCACUCCGACCGAAGCAGGAAUGAAUGACCUACACAAGAAGUAUCUCGCUUCAGUUGACAAGCGCAUCUCCGAUGCGAAGGUCAGCCAGCUUGCAAUGGCGGCCCCUCUGGAGUCAAGCGGUAAUUCAAAGAUACGACCCUCGCCAUCAAAUGAAGCUAAGAAGGCUUCGGAACCCAAAGAGAUCCCAAACCAGAAACUUGGACUCUUGAACGCUCUCUUCUCUCUUGGGGCUUUGAGGCCUGCGAUUGCUUUGCUAUCGAAAUUCCCCUGGAUGGUCGAUGCACAUCCAGAGGUUGCCGAUUUGGUGUUGCGCGUUGUGAAACAUUCCAUGCAAUCUUUGUACGACACGACCGUCGGUACCAAGAACGGCUUGUCCAGCUUUACACAACCUCGUGCCCGAUACGGCGCAUCUGGUGUGGUUUCAGCGCCCGAACGAAGACCACAAUUGACCUUGUGGGCUCCCACUCCUCCGAGCACGAGCACAGUUGACUUCACAUUCUUCUUCCCUGACUGGACUGAUCGAGUUCCUAUCUCCUCAAGUUUGAGAGAUCUUGUGGACGUGGUCGAACCGCUUCUGAGGUUCAUUGGACUGCAUAUCUCGCGUGACCCUCAGUUCCUCGCCAAGUUUCUGCGGCUUGCACGAGUAGAUCUUUUGACCACGGUCGAAUUUGAUCCCGAGACCAGGAGACCCAUUGGUGUUCCUGAUCCUGAGCAUCCCAUCCGACUCUUUUGGUACAAGGUUCUGCGGCUCUAUCUAUUGCCUGCAUUGCCGCUUAUCCGAGGGAAUGCCGUCUGCACGGUCGAGGUUUGGAAUGUCCUUCGACUAUAUGAGACGACGCAGCGCUGGCGCCUAUACGGUGAAUGGAAGAAUAGCACCUUCAAGUCUCACCCUGAACUUCGAGUACGGCAAGUUCAGGCAGAUCGAGAAUCCAAAGGUAUUCUUCGUCGCUUGUCUCAUAACACUAUCGACUCUUUGUCUGGUACUGUUGCCAAACUUGCGCACUCGAAUCCCUGCAUCUUCUUUGCUAACGCCGUCCAUCAAAUAAUGGCGUACGACAACCUUGGAAGUGUCAUCGUUCACGCACUUAACUAUGUUACUAUCAUGGGAUUCGACGUGCUCUUGUUCAUCGUUUUGGAUGCUCUGGCAAAUCCUAACAAGGAUCGGGUGAAAGAUGACGGUGUUAACACCUCGGACUGGCUUCAGAGCCUAGCAUCCUUCACGGGCAUGCUAUUCCGAAGGUACAGCGCGGAUCUCAAUCCAGUCCUGACCUAUAUUGUACACCAGCUUUACAACGGCCAGACUACGGAACUUCUCGUCCUCAAGGAGUUAAUUUGGAAGAUGGCUGGCAUUGAGCCCCUGCCCACUUUGAACAACUCGCAGAUUCUGGCCAUGGCUGGUGGACCUAAUCUCCGCAUCGAAGCAGUCGCAUCGACUACCAGAGGCGCGAGACUCGACCCCGGCGAUGCGCAUUAUAAGGGACCACAGAGAUUGGGGAGGGCACUCCUGGAGUCGUCACUUGCUCUACCGUUGCUCAUACAGGUAGCCCAGCAAAGACAGUCCUGUGUUUUUAAAGCUGCGAAUGUCCAUUUGAAAGCUCUUGCAAGUCUCUUCGAUACCACGCACGGUGUCCUAUUACAAUUCUUGGAGCUCUUGAAUUCCCCCGCAGUGGUUUCGCCUCAAGAUUACGCGCAGAAGAUCGUACCACCUUUGACUGAACUCAACAAGACAUACGGAAUCUCUGCUCCCAUUUGCAUGCAGAUCUACAGACCAAUCCUUCAUAACAAGCUUUUGACUGCGGCUCUGGAGGCACAAGACAAGGAACGUAUCGCAAGCGAGGAGGCUGAAAAGCGACUCAAGGCAACUUUGACCGCCAAACGCGAGCCCGGCUCCGCAAACUCUCGUAUCCCUUCUCCUGCCGCUGGCGAGGCUUCUACACCCGGCGAGGCACCAUCAGCACAGAACAGGAAUGGUGUAGUCGUAGAGAACAACAACUCGGCCGAUGGCGUGCCAAUGGAAAUAAUCGAGGUCCCUCAGAACAACUCUCCAGGCGAAGAGAGCCCGUGGUUGCCUGAACUUUAUCCUCUAUUUGACGAUAUCAAAAAGAUCGCGCCUGGUAAUGCGGCGGAUGUUAUAGGUCCGGGCUUCUACUUGACCUUCUGGCAAAUGUCAACGUAUGACAUCUCUCCCCCUUCUGAGCGGUAUCAAGACGAGUCCCUGCAGCUACGAGACCUCAGUCAUAAAGAGGAUAUGGCUUAUCUCGCAGCAGACCGUUCGUCUGAUAGGGCUAAACGACUCAUGGCGAGUAACCACAGAGAAAGGCGUAACCGCAUCAACACUGUUGUUGCUGCUCUCUCGGAAGAGGCAAAACAACAGACCGUAUCUCGCAUGUUCACUAUCAAACGAUUGGCUCGAGAGAAGAGUCACUGGUUCGCACAUGGACCUCGAGCUCAUGUUCUGGCAACUUCGGUCAUUGAGCAUUGCCUUCAACCACGAUGUCUACUCUCACCCAUGGAUGCCGAUUAUUGCUCUCAAAUGAUCAAAGUUAUCCACUUACAGGGCACACCAGGCUUCUCCACGUUGAUGUGUUAUGAUAAGCUUCUUGGUGAACAUGUAAAAGUUGUUAUCUUCUCUUGCAGUGAAUACGAAGCGCACAACUACGGCCGUUUCCUGCAUGGUAUCUUGACGGAUGUUUUGAAGUGGUACAAGGACGAGCAGCUGUUCAUGCAAGACAAUCGAACCAAGAUUGGAGGAAAGCCUACAUACCUGCCGGGCUUCCAAAUGAAGUGGACUACGAAGAGUGUCGUUUCGAUAGAGGAUAUAAUCAAAUGGGCGGAUUUCAAGACAUUGGUCAAGAAGUGGCAUCGCAAGCUCGCCAGAAACCUCCUGGAUUGCAUUGAAACGGGAGAAUUCAUGCACGUGUACAACGCGUUCAUUGUGCUAAAGGAGAUUCUUGAUGUCUUCCCCAAAGCCGACGUCAAUGAGAUGACUGGCAGCUCUCUCGAUAUCGCAAUCGACCGAUUCUUGGAGAAAGAAAAGCGUGGAGAUCUCAAGAUUCUCGGCAAAUCGUAUUCCGCCAGUUUGAAAGCGAAGGAAAGCGACUGGAAGGCCCCCGUCAAUGCGAAGAUCGCUACACCCACUCCAACUGUCAAGCCUACACCUACUGCACCUGCUGCACACGAAAGGCCCAAACCUAAUGGUCUACCUCCUGCUCCGGCGACACAGACAGAGGCACGUCGUGCCGGUGCAGCGCCAUCUACUGCACCUUCUGCACCAAGGGCGCAACUUGCUGCACAGCCAAGUGAUAGAUCUACGUUAUCAACGAAGGCUGCUAUGGAAAGCAUCCCGCGACCCGAAGUGGUGAAAAGAGUGAGGCCGGAAGCCAGGACACCUGAUGGCAUGAAGAACGGAGGGGAAACAGUUGCCUCCCCAAAACCAGACGCCAUGGUCGUGGACUCUGUGGCUGCUCGCAGUAGUGCUGGGAUUGCGCCUGUUCGUCCCUCAAGUCCUUCCACUUUACCACCACUUCCAAAAGAUAUCGCCAUGCUCAGAGAAGCAUCGCGGCCGUCAACGCCCAGUUCACUGUCUGGGCGUUCGCCGGCCAGUCUUGCACAGGCUGCUCAAACUAUGCCUCCGCCGUCCAUUCCUAGUCAGACUACUUCGGCACAAGAAUUGCGAGAAACUGCACGACAAACUAGACCAUCUACGGACAAGGAGGAAAAGACGUUACGAUCUGUGCCUGAAGGUCGUGGCCAAGUCGCUCAGCCUUCUCCUUCAUUGCCGCCUUCCCAGCGUCGCAGUCCCUCGCCGACUAGUCGACCAGGCACUAGGAACCAUAGUGCUGAGAGUCGAGCCAGCGGAGGGCGGGCUCGUGAGAGUACUCGUGGAUCUGCCGAGGGUGAGGAUAGGCGCACCGAGCGUGAAGGUCGAAUUGACACCCGACGCGAUCAUCGUGGGGAACGCAGCGGACGUGCUGCUGCUCGGGAAUCCGACAGAGAGAAAGAUCUGGACAGAGACCGUGAGCGCCGCGACAGGCAUGGCGACAGAGAAAGACGUGACAGGGAUAGAGAGCGAGAUAGAGACAAAGAGCGAGAACGCGAUAGAGACGUCAGAGAUAGAGAACGUGAUAGAGAACGCGACCGGGAUCGCGACCGAGACCGACAUCGCAGGGACGACAAGGACCGGGAACGCAAGGAUCGUGAUGUCACAAGUCGAGGCCCUGCACCUGCGACUGCUCCUGCAAUUCCUUCCGACGAUCGUGGACUACCCAGUCGUCCGGAUGUCUCGAGACAUCGUGGCCAGCAUGGGGAGGAUACUUUAGGCAAGAGGAGAAGACCUACUGAUGAUGACUCCGACAGGGCAUCGAAGCGUCCGUCCCGCAAAGAAAGUCAUCAUGAGGACAGGAGCAGACGGGCUAUAGACAAAGAUGGACAUGACAGGCCAUCGGACAGGAGAAGGAAAGACCGUGAGCCUCCUGAGGGCGAAAGCAGAGCGCUAUCCAUUGACACAAAGAUGCCUGAGAAGCGUAUCCCUGAAGGCCCUGCAUCCGCAAGGGCUCUGCCACCGACGACGCCUUCUGCACCUCGUGCAAUGUCAUCUGGCGACCUUUCUCGAGGGCCAAAGUCGGAUGCUCCUGGCCGUGAGCGAGAAUGGAGACAGCGUGACCAGCCUCCCCGAUCUCCGGAAAGCCUUAUGAAUGCACCUACUGCGCCUCCCUCUUCCGAACCAGGAGGUAGCCUGCGAUCACGGAUUAGUGACAAGGAACCUUCUCGGUCACUACAACCGGCACCUUCCAGCUACCGAGCUGAGAAUGGCGAGCGUGGUAAACCUGAUUUAGGGAACAAAGAUGACGACCGAGACGGUGGCAAGAAGCGCACCUUGUCAGAUCGUGAGCGAGAUGUACCUGACGCCUUCGCGAAUGUCCCCGAUAUCGUAAUACCUCCAAAGCGUCCCAAGAUCAACCGCAAUCGCUACGUUUCACAGGGUGCUUCAGGCAAUGCGCAUGGUCUUGCCAAGAAGUUACUACCCAUUGAUACUGAGAAGGCUCGUUUAGGUCGAAAAGACUGAUUGCAUUGCUGUCCACGGCAUCCCUAUUCUGUCCUGUCAAUCUAUUUGCUUUCGUCGUAUAUAGCAGCAUCGUAAUGGAUUUGUACUUCUACCUUGCAGCGUGCUAUUAAUUUGAUUUGAAUGGGAAUACAAGUACUUAUUACAGCGUAGCCAAGCUCUAGCAGCCAUGGCAAAAGCCGAAGGAAGGUUAAUUACCGCUUAAUGAGUGUCAAAAACUCUUCACGAGUCUUUUGUUGUGUUCGGAAACAGCCCAGCAUGCACGAUGUGACCGUAAUGGAACCAGGUUUUUGCACCCCACGCAUGGUCAUACAAAGAUGA